AUGAGUUGCAGCAGUGUUGCAGAAUCAGAGUUCUCAGAGGAAGAGUUGGAGCUUGGUGUGCUGGACCAAGCCGAGGACGAAGGAAGUCCCAAGAAUUCUUUCCAAGACAGUGAGAGCUCAGCCAGCAGCCCAAGCGACCCAGAAGAAGGCCAGACCAAGAAGCGCAAUCGACCCGUCCGCUCUAAAGCUCGUCGAAUGGCUGCCAAUGUCCGAGAGCGAAAACGUAUUAUGGACUACAACCAGGCCUUCAAUGCUCUACGAGUUGCCCUGAACCAUGACCUCAGUGGCAAACGGCUCUCCAAGAUCGCCACCCUGCAGAGGGCCAUCAACCGCAUUUCUGCUCUGUCAGUAUUCCUGAACUCGAACCCCCCCAGCAAGCCCUGCGCCCACCGGGAGUGCAACAGGUCGUCUACAGGAACGGCAGCGAUGGGAGCAUCUCGACUUGAGCAGCCCAGGGUUCCGGUUCCUCGUCUGGAGCAUCAGGGUUAUGUCCCCUGGCAUGCGUCCAUCCCUCACCAGGUGCAGCCACAACAAGGGCCCCACCUGCAUAGGCUGUCUGCAGAUCCACAUGUCUACAUGGAUAACAGUGUGUCGUCAUGCCCCCCAUCACCACACUACCCCUGUUAUCCCACUGAUGGACAGCUUUACGCCUCACAUGGACACUGUGGCAGCUCUCACGACCACCCGUCGAGUCCUCUACGAUACCCUCAGAUGGGUGAGGGGUUAGGGUACCAGCCGGGGAUGUGGGCCUCCUGCACUCAGGGAUACAUGGACACUUUUGUGGAGCCGUCUCCAGCUAUUGGGCUCCCGUGGCAGGUGAGCUACAUGCAGGAGCCGGAGCACAGCCUCCCUCUGUGCCCUGACAUACUGUAA